UCUGCUGCCUGAGAGCUCCGCUUCUCUCUACACACAAGGCUGAGGCGGUGACACAGGUUCGAACCCCGUCCCGGUUGGAUCGUAUUUUAUUCCUGGCCUUUUGGGGGUGGGGGGGCAGAUCGAGGACUUUCCCUGACAUCUCAGAGAGGUCCCCCGGCCAUUGUGAGAAGGAAAAGCUGCGAUCUUGGAGAGGUAGAGGUUGCAUUGUGUGUGCAGGAUCGGAUGAAGGGGUCUCCUUAUGUGACUCGGGACAUUUAAAUCUGCGAGAAUAAAAGGCUCCAGACAGGAAACAGAUGUGGAUCACCGUUGAAGACCUAACAAGGGAAGAAGAAGCACAAUUACUGGGACUAAUCACUGUUUUGUCAUCAUCUUUAUGGAGGAAUAAUACUGAUUAAUGGUGAUCAGCCUUCCUAUACUGACACUCACCACAAAAGACUUCUUUUUUUUUAUUUACAGAUCUCUCUUUUUUUCUGUAUUAAAAAAAUAAUAAUCUAAUUUCUGGGAAUCAAAACAAAAUACCUGCUGAUCACAAAUCUACAAAAAAAUCUCCAACCUUACAGCAUUGAUCCCUAUAGAUCAAUCGAGGAGGAGGAGCGGUGUGCAUUUCUACGUCUGCAUGCUCAACUUCCAUAAAUAUUUUUUAUGAAAUAUAAUAUAUUUUUAUUUAUGACUCAGCGGAUGGUGGCGGCGGCGGUGGCGAUUGGGGGGUUUUGUAGUCCCUUGACAUGCUCUGCCCAGUUGUUUCUCAGUUGAUACAGUGACUUGACUUGAAAAUAUUUUUUUUUUUUCUUAAUUAAAAAACAGAGGAGGUGGUAAAAAAAAAAAGAUACUUUUUUAUACGAUUGGGUGGAAAAAAAAUCUAUAUUUUAUUAAAACGGAUUAAGAAUCAAGAUGGCUGAUCAUAGCUAUGUUUCUAUUUUAAUUUAGCUAUAAUAGAUUCUGCAGGACCAUUUGUGAAGUUGCCUUGAUUGGGCUGAAUUGAUCUAAAAAAAAAAAAAAAAAAAAGUGGGCAUCUGAAUAUACUUUAAAUCUAUAUAUUUUUUUGUUACGUGGUUGCUUCUCGUGGUUUAUGACAGCAGAACUUGCCUAUUUUCUGCAAAGGUUCAGAUUCUUUUUAAAUGUGUUGAUUUCCUAUGUCUCCCUGCGUGGCCCCACUGUCAGUGCCCUUGCAGAUUCAGUGCAAAAUCUGAAAUACCUUUCAUGUCAGUAGGAGGGGGGCGAGUGAGAGAGAGAAGGGGGGAGGGCUGUGAUUAGCUGUUAAGAAAUUCCUUUUCAGUUUGAUCAAGGCAUGCACAUCCUAAUCUACUGAUUUCCACCCCAGCUUGCUUUUUAUUUUUAUUUUUUCUCUGUUUAUUUUUGCAAUUUUUUUUUCUUUUUUCUCUUUUUCCGCCUUCGUAGACUUUUAUGAUCAGAUUACAUCUUUUCUCCCUACGCAGAGCCUAAAAGAAAUUUUUGUAGGCUUUUUUUCCUCUUAUUUGCGAAACAAGGAAGAGGUGGGUGGUUUUUUUUUUCUCGCUUAGGGCUGGAAUUUGAUCUGCGAGGCUGAACUGUCUCUUUCAAAGCUCCAUCCAGGAUCAUUCUCUAUGGAAACAACCUCAAGAAUUUGGUUGCUUGGCUAAUUUCAAGGAAGUCCUAUUUAGGUUUUCAAAUUAAAAUCUGUGGUCAAAAGAACGCCUUAUUUUAAAUCUAAGUGGCUUCCUUCUUUUCUUUUUUUUUUUUUUCUGGCUUUUUUUUCUUUUUACCCUACUGAAAAAACAAAAAAAUUGCAUUUCGUAUUUAAAAAAAAAAACUAUUUUCAAUUGAAUAUGCACUGUGAAGUUAAAAACCUAUAAACAGAUUGUAUUGUCAAUGACUUCAUCGAUUUUCACUGGCUGAAUAUUUUUUUUUCUUGAUUUUUUUUGGUUAAAGGAUUAAUAUAUAAUAACCGUUUAGCUCUUGAAAUAUAUUUUAAGACAAAGAAAUUUAUUGGUUUUACCUAGUCUUAUCAUUUUGGGUUCUGUAAACCAAGAAAGUGAUCUACAUUACCUACGUGGCCUAGUAGGAGAUGGCGGAAAAUUGGAAAAAUUGCUUUGAAGAGGAACUGAUAUGUCCCAUUUGCUUGCAUGUAUUUAUCGAGCCUGUCCAGCUUCCCUGUAAGCACAAUUUCUGCAGAGGAUGCAUUAGUGAGGCCUGGGCCAAAGAGACUGGUCUAGUCAGAUGCCCGGAGUGCAACCAGGCCUACAAUCAGAAGCCUACCUUGGAAAAGAACCUUAAGCUCACAAACAUUGUGGAAAAAUUUAAUUGCCUCAAUGUAGAUAAGCCGCCCUCCAUCCUGCACUGUGUGUUCUGUAGAAGGGGACCUCCACUUCCUGCCCAGAAGAUCUGUUUGAGAUGUGAAGCACCCUGCUGCCAGUCCCACGUUCAGACCCACCUACAGCAGCCCUCCACCGCUCGAGGGCACCUCCUAGUGGAAGCUGAAGACGUCAGGGCCUGGAGCUGUCCACAACACAAUGCUUAUCGACUGUACCACUGUGAAGCUGAGCAGGUGGCAGUGUGCCAGUUUUGCUGUUAUUACAGUGGUGCCCAUCAAGGACAUUCUGUGUGUGAUGUAGAGAUCAGAAGGAAUGAAAUCAGGAAAAUGCUUAUGAAACAACAAGACCGCCUAGAGGAGCGUGAACAAGACAUUGAAGACCAGCUGUACAAACUGGAAUCGGACAAGAGACUAGUGGAGGAAAAGGUAAACCAGCUGAAGGAUGAAGUCCGACAGCAGUAUGAGAGAUUGCAUCAGAUUCUGGAUGAGGAUAUGAGGAAAACCAUGGAUGUUCUGGAUAAGGCUCAAGCCAAAUUCUGCAAUGAGAAUGCAGCCCAAGUUCUUCAGCUAAAUGAACGUAUGCAAGAAGCCAAAAAGCUACUGAGCUCUGUACAGGUCAUGUUUGACAAGACAGAGGACAUCAACUUCAUGAAGAAUACAAAGUCUGUGAAAAUCCUGAUGGACAGGACUCAGAACUGUACCGGGGGAAGCCUUCCUCCACCCAAAAUCGGGCAUCUGAACUCCAAACUCUUCCUGACAGAAAUUGCCAAGAAAGAGAAACAACUGAGGAAGAUGCUGGAAGGUCCAUUCAGCACACCUGUGCCAUUCCUGCAGACCAUUCCUAUGUACGCCUGCAAUGUAAGCAGCUCAGGGGCAGAAAAGCGCAAGCAUUCAACUGCAUUCCCUGAAGGCAGCUUCCUUGACCCGGCACCAGGAACUGUUAGCGGCCAGUACAUAAGCCAGGGUUCUUCCACUGGUGAGGGCCAGUCAACGCAACCCAUGGUGCCUUGCAGCUCCACUCAGCAUAUCGUAGGACUUCCCAGUGGCCCACAGCCGGUCCACUCCAACUCUGUCUUCAACCCCACCCACUACCCGAAUAGCUCCUCAUCUCAGCAGUCUGUCCUUUCCCAGUAUGGAGGACGCAAGAUCCUGGUCUGCUCUGUGGACAACUGUUAUUGCUCCUCGGUGUCCAAUCACAGUGGACACCAGCCGUAUCCCAGGUCUGGCCACUUCCCAUGGACAGUCUCUUCCCAGGAGUACUCUCAUCCUCUUCCACCCACCCCAUCUGUAACACAGUCUCUUCCAGGACUCGCUGUGAGAGAAUGGAUUGAUGCUUCCCAGCAGCAUGGCCGCCAGGAUUUCUACAGGGUCUAUGGGCAGCCAGCCACUAAGCAUUAUGUCACCAGUUAAGUCUUAGAGCAAGCAAGCCUUGAUAAAUAUGCAUUAUAGAAAAAAAAAGACACCCUCAACCUGGAACAGAAUACCCCAGCCUUGUUUAGCGGUGGAUGACCUUUCCACUCCUGAAUACAGCUACCAUUGGAUUGUUUCAUAACUUUUGCUUUUUUUUUUUCCCCAAUACAUUUUUGGACUAUGGUGUAUGCCUUUUCCCACCUGAAGAGACAGUGAUUUCAUAUUUUUUCCAGUGCUUUGAAGACUUCUGCUGAUCUUUUAUCAUUUGUGCUAAAUGACCCUUUAAAGUUUUUUUUUUUUUUCCUUUGUGUGUGUUUUAUUUUUCAAAUUAGAUCACUGUAUUACUUUAGAAAUAAACCGUCUCAUGUGAUAGGAGUUUUAAGUUAAAAGGCCACUUAUCAUAUAGACACUGUUUUUUUUUUUGUUUUUUUUGAAGAUACGUGUAAAUAUACAAAGAUUAGAAGAAAAUGUGCACGCGCACUGAAAAAGGGAACGGGGGUCAUUUUUUUCCCCAGAAAAUCCGCAUGCUCCUGUGAAGCUUUUCAAUCAUGCAGUAAUGGACUUUCUACUCAACUGGAGCACUGAACUGCAUGUUCUAACUUUGAACAGUAGAGGAAUUUUAAUAUUUCUCUGUUCUGCUCCUUUACUUGAAGCCUACCCUAUCAAAUAAGACUAUAUUUUUUAAUACAUUGGAAAUUAAAAUUGCAGGGACAGGGGCAGAUGCGUUAAAAGAUACAUGUUGUAAAUAAAGGAAGAAGAAAUACAGGGUAAUUUUUUUAACUUUUAAUCCUAUAUGUAACUCUUUAAAAUCGGUAAAAUGGUUAAAAAAAAUUAAUAAAAAAAAAUAAUCUUCAGUAUACAGUCUCAUGGACCAAGGUAAUUAAAUAUAUAUAUACAUACAUGAAUUUGUAGGCCCCCACAUGGUAAAUGGUCUUUUAGCUUAAAAAAAAUAAAAAAAUCUUAAACUUUUUGUUUAUUUUUUUUAACAUUCCAAAUACAUGUUAAAAAAGUGCAAUUCAAAUUUUCUUCACUUAAAAGUGGAAGGUUUUGCUUUAUAGAUGACAAAUAUCAUUUCUGGAGUGCCACAAAUGUAAUAAAAAAAACAAACAAAAAACAAAAAAAAAAUACAAAGUGUAUGUAUGUACAGAUUAAGGUCCAAGCACUUUUUUCUCUCUUUUUUUUCUGCAGCAUUAACUAAUGAACCAUUUAAUGCCAUAUUGUAAUAUUACAGCAAUAAGACUUUGUACUGUAUGUUGCUAAGGGACUCUAAUGGCUAAAAAAAAAAAAAAUACAUUUGGGAAGGCACUUUUGACGAGAUGGGCGCCAGUUGGACAACUGAGCAUUGGAAGUAGCAAAUACUGCAUGACAAACAGCAGAUAAUGCGCUCCUGUGAUUUCUUGCAUUUUUCUAUAUCCGUGUUGGAUCUGGAGGUGAAAUGAUCAUACCGCGCUCCUCUUAAAGCAGCAGUCCCGCUUUCUUGGUCAAAACAACAAAAAUGAAAUAAAAAAAUCUUUUUAUAAACUA